GAAACAAAAGAGAAAAAGAAUCCAUCCAAACGACACCAAGAACAGUAAAGAUUAAUUGUGAUAUUGAAGAAACGACGCGUGCUUUUCCAUCUCCACCAUAAUAUAUUUUUCUCCUUUUUUCCUUUUCCAUUUCCUCUCCCCCCACUCUUCCGCUUUUAUUUGCCUUCUCCUUUCUCCCGCACAUGCAUUCUUCCUUCCUCUCUCUUUCUCUCUCCCUAAAAUCACCUCCCACUCACCUUUCUCUCUCCUCUUCAUCAUACCUCACAAACGGUUGUUCAGUUGUCGUCGUUUUGUUUGAUCGUCAUCUUUUUUCUCUGUCUUCCCUCAAUUUCUAGAUUGGAUCAUCAGAAAAGAGAAAAAACACUGAAAUAAGCGUCAGAAAAAGGUUUUGGUUAUCCGCAGCAAUAUCCUUGAAUUCCUACUGGUUGAUCGAAAGGAGGAGAGAGAGAAAAGCUCGAAAAUAAUAACAAUAAUGGAAUCAUCACCUUCAGUAGUAGCGAAUCCAGUCUCGAGCAGCUCAAACAGAGCAAGGGAAUCAAGGCGUCGGAAAAAGAAGAUGAAAAUCUCUCAACAACAACAAUCAUCGCAAUCUCUCUCUUCCGUAAACCCUAACAAUGGCGACGGCAUUCAAACUUUUUCUUGGAAAUCCGAAAAAACUCAACAAAUCUACUCUACAAAGCUCCUUCAAGCUCUCCGCCAAGUCCGUAUUUCUCCUUCCACGUCAUCGUCACCGUCAGCGGCGACACCUCGGCCAAGUCGGAUAGUGAGAGAAGCCGCGGACAAAGCAUUAGCGGUGGCGGCGCGUGGGAGGACACGCUGGAGCCGAGCUAUCUUAAUGAGCCGUUUCCGGAUCAGCUUCCUUAACAAGAAGCUUCACAAACGCCAACGUGUGACGGCUACCGGAGUUAACAGGUCACCACCGCAAAGGAAGCCGAAGCUAGAGAUAUUAAAGCUUAAAGGGAAAGGUAAUAGUUUACCGGCUGUCCAAAGGAAGGUGAAGACUCUUGGACGGUUAGUUCCCGGUUGCCGGAAAGAGCCGCUUCCGGUGAUUCUUGAAGAAGCGACGGAUUAUAUUCCGGCGCUUGAGAUGCAAAUUCGUGCCAUGAGAGAGCUUCUCUCUCGUCUUAGUACCGGUGACAGAGAUGGUGAAGGGUCUAGUUCCGGGCCCACGGCGCCGGAAAACGGUUCCAUUUAGUUUGUUACUGUUAUUGUUAUCAUCAUUAUUGUUAUUAUGAUGUAAAAAAAUCUUUCAUUUUUAUAGAAUAGUGAUGUUUUAAAUUUGUCUUUCACAAAAAAAACAAAAAAAAACAAAAAAAUGGUUUCGUCCUCCAUGUGAAAAUGGAAAUUUUACAGGUAGUCCUGUUUGUUUUGUUUA